AUGCUUAGCCGCUACACUACAAAGCCAAACAUCAAAGAUCAGUCGCCAAACGUAUCAGAGAAAGCAUCGAAAUCGGAAAAUAUCCGCCUAUCGCCUACAAAAGGACUCGAGCUACCCAUCUCCAUGCCCUUCACCCGCCUUGACCAGGGCACAUGGCUUCACAACCGCCCAGAAACCGACGUAUAUAAGCUCCUUAUCGACGCUUACCGCCUUUACGCUGAGGAUACUUAUGUUUUCAGAGCCGAAGUGAUGGAGGACAGCAUCUAUGCCGGUUGCAAGAGCGGACGACGCGGGUUCCAGAAGUUCCUGAGAAAGGCCGCCACCAUUCCAGGUCUGUUGCCUCCAUGGUGGACCAAGGAGAAAAGUGCGGCCUGUGAGAAAUUUGGAAUGGACCCGUUUCAAUGGCAAAAUCUACGAUUGGCUGUUAGGAAAAGAGACAUCAUGGAGCACUACGGGGAUCAUCUGUUUCCAAUGCAACUGCGAAUGCUGGCAGAGGCGGUCUAUGGGAUUCAUCCCUGUGGGACUGAUGGAACAGGAAUGAGGAGGUUUAUGAUGGCAGUAGAGCGAGUGGAAGAAAAGAUUAUCGUAAUUGAUGUAUCUGGAGGUAGAAAGCGAUUUUACGGUAUUCGUGCGGCGUGUGUUGCGAUUUUGGUCAUGAUAGGAUGGAUCAUGACGGGUUUCUGA